AUGGCCGCCACGACCGCCAAGACCGAGCCGACUGGUGGGCGGCCUCGGCAGCAUAGUGAUGGUGCGAACCUCGGGACGGGUGACCAGGUUCCCUCGCUGGGCGAUGAGCACCCCGGGCCGAGCGACGGCAUCUCCCCUUCCGAAACCGUAGGCCCUGCUGAUCCAGACACAGCCGUGGUCGCUGAAGAGACCCGGGAUCCUCAGCGAGACGCCGAGGCCAAGCCGAAGAAGAGGAAAGGCAAGAAGAAGAAAACUGGCGCUGCCUCUCGCAAGAACGUCACUGGCUUUGAAGGCAAGUAUCCCUUCCCUUCGCGGCCGCAAUUCUUCGCCGAUGCCCCCAUGACCCCCGACGAAGCUGCCAACGAGAACAACAUCUAUGAUAGUUCGCGCAGUUUCGCUGUACGCAUUGAGGAAUGCAUUCAGCGAUACCGUGCUAGCCGCCGCAUGGACAAUGAACGUUCCGUGCUAUUCGACAAGUACCUCUGGCUCGGCGGCAUUGACUCGUCGCCGCGCCAAUUUACGGGUGCUGCUGAAGACGCCGAAGCUUUGGCGGAGGCCGACGCGGACCAGAUUCGUAAAAUGACCGCUGUAGACUUCGUCGGCGGCAACGACGAGCGUUUCUACAACUCGCAAAACAGCGGGGAUUGGUUCGUCGACUUUGAGGGUAUUGUCCGAGGCUUCUUGUCCCGGACCGUCCUGAGCAUGUACUUGUAUGAUGAGAAAGCCAUCAAGAUGGCCGCGGACCUUGUCAAGAAUUUCCUCAACUAUGUCCUGGUGCACAAUGCCUGCCCCGAGUAUCUUGACGACUUGAUGGCUGCGAGAAACAUCUGCAGCAUUGCUCCUAUGGAACUCCGCUCUACGAUCGAACUGUUCCGCUCGCUUCCCGGUGCGUUCAACACAGCUGCGCGCUCGCUCUUCUGCGAUAGACGAGUGGACAAUCUCGAGGUGGCCGAGAAUUUUGAUCGGCUGGUCACGUUCCGCGUCGCGACCCUCGUGUCGCCGUAUCGCAACCAAGAGAUCGCGGCUAAUAUCGCCAAAAUCGAGGACCCUAGCACCAUCCAUGUGGUCAGUACGAAGGAGGAGACGUACGAAGUACUGGAAAUACUCCGACCAACUGACAGGGGCAUCAUCACACUGGUAAAGGAGCAACUCGAGCAGUCUGGUCACGGAGGCAAAGGUGAGCUAGCCGGAGUCCUUAAAGUGAAGCCUUCGGCUAUCGAGUUCGGUUUCGACAACAUGCCUACCGUGGACGAGAUCAACCUCAGCAAGACAGAGCCUGAAGAGUUCCUGCUUGAGAACGACCUGCUCGUCAAGUUUGAGAAAGGGAUGAAGAUCAAGGCCAUCGUAUGCGAGCUUAACGUCGGCAUCCGCUUCAUUAAGGAGGUCCUAGACGUCCGCGCUUCUUUCGACCUGCUUCUUCCGCAAGCCUUGAUGGAGAACUGGAAGGACCCAGUCCCAAACGAGCGCCCUGCGCCAUCAGCCACGAGCGCGGAGGCUGGCGAGGAGGCUAUGGAUGACGAUGGUGAUGACUAGACAGCUCUGACCCAAGCGCGAUGUCGGGUUUGCCGCGGGGUAGUGGUGGAUAAAGAGAGGAGGAAGAGGAAGAGGAGGAGGAGGAGACAAGGAGAAAGGAACUACGCUUUUACUAGACCGACGAGGAUAUAAAGGGACCCCCUCUGCAAUGCGUUGACGAAAGGGGGUGUUGUAGAUAACAGGCGGAAAUAUGUGCUUUCCUAGGCGCUACAUGGAUUUGCCGAUACCCACGUAGACAACCGGACAGAUAGGCUCGCCGCGAGGCAGAAACGAAGACGCGAUGCGAUUCAUUCCGAUGAUCUAGCGGAGAGGUUGCGAGGCGAUUCUUGAAUUGAUAGUGAUCGUGAAAUGUGCUGGCGCUCUCUCUCGCCUUCGCCUUCUCGAGGAUCGACGAGGGUCGAGCGGAUGGACGUCGGUCCUGUCACACGGCUGCCCUGUCCCCCUACCUGCCCAACUCCCCUAGUAUAAGUAUAUAUGCUAUCGCUUACCAUAUUUAAGUCGAAAUUAGUAUUGUGUGCGUGUGUGAUGUGUGUGUGCGUAGUACGUGUGCACACACCUCGCCUCUAGCCUUGGUACGCCCAAAGACCAUUCCAGGCUUGCCCAACAACACGCGAGACGCACCCGCCCGCCUCUGCGGCCAAGUAUACCGAGAUUCGCAGCCACCGUAAACAAUAUCUAAGCAUGUGUACCUAGGUAGGUGGGUAGGUCGGAGGUAGGUUAUAGGAGGGUAGGCGCCUCCGC